UUGUAACCUCCGGGUACAGGGAACUGGCAGUUGUUGACUUGAAACUGUUCUUUUCUGCGUGGCGAUCUCCGGGCAAAGGGCGGGAAUUACAAGCCCUCGUGAAUGAGAAUGGAGGCCCAAAAUAAAGUGCCUGUGAUUGAUGAGGCAUUUGUAAGUUUUAUUUCUGAUGAUGCUUAUGGCUCAGGUGCCAUUACCUUGGGAACAUCACUGAAAAACUCCAGAACUACAAGGAAAACUGUCCUUCUGGUUACUGAUGGUGUCAGCAAUGAUGUCAGAGACAGACUUUCAAGAAUAUGGGAUGAGCUGGUAGACAUCGAGCCACUCUUUACAACCAGUGAAGAAAAUCUUGCCUUGACAAGGCGGCCAGAACUUGGUGUGACAAUCACAAAAUUAAAAAUUUGGACUUUAACCCAGUUUAAAAAGUGUGUCUUCAUGGAUGCUGAUACACUUGUUCUUCAAAAUAUUGAUGACUUGUUUGAAAGAGAGGAACUUUCAGCAGCUCCAGAUAUUGGCUGGCCUGACUGCUUCAACAGUGGUGUCUUUGUUUUUGUUCCAUCCUUAGAGACUUAUGCUGCCCUCAUAACAUUUGCUGAUGAGCAUGGUAGCUUUGAUGGGGGUGACCAAGGCUUACUGAACAUGUAUUUUAAAGACUGGGCAACCAAAGAUAUAUCUCACCGCCUUCCUUUCUUGUACAACAUGGUGUCAAAUGUUUGUUACAGUUAUGCCCCAGCAUACAAGCAGUUUGGCAAGGAUGCCAAGGUUGUUCAUUUUCUUGGUGCCAUAAAGCCAUGGCAUCAUUUCUAUGACUCUGAAACAUCACAAGUCCAAAUACAACAACAUGGUGUCAGUGAUCUAGGGGUGCAAUCUUUUAUCCAACUAUGGUGGGAUGUUUACAAUAAUUCUGUCGCACUUCAAGAUGCAGAGGCUUCAAUAUCUCAAGAUUCAUCUGCCCAGGCCAUCGUCAACAUGCCCAUUGUAUCGAAUGCCAUGUCUGAAAUAGAGCGCAAAGCAUCAUGGGAGCGUGGCUUGAUCGAUUUUACUGGAGAGGACAAAUUUGAAAACAUUAAAGAUAGACUAGAUGACGUUAUUAAUGGUUCUGGAACGCACUAAAGCCAAUGAUUUAUCUCUAAUUUCACAAAUACACGACACUGCAGUUUCCAUGGAAUUCAUACAACGUGCUUAGAUUUAAUAUUUUGUAGACUUUUUCUAAAAUUGUCACAGUACGAAGUUG